GGUGCGGGUUUGUCGUUGUCCCCGAGUGUCAGGGAAAAUCCAGAAAGAACCUUUGACUUGGUAUUGAAAGUGAAAUGUCAUGCCUCUGAAGCUGAAGAUCCUGUGAUAUUGUGGAAAUUUCCAGAGGACUUUGGAGACCAGGAAGUACUUCAGAGCGUGCCAAAAUUCUGUUUCCCCUUUGACGUUGAAAGGGUGUCUCAAAAUCAAGUUGGACAGCACUUUACCUUUGUACUGACAGACAUUGAAAGUAAACAGAGAUUUGGAUUCUGCAGACUUACAUCAGGAGGCAAAAUUUGUUUGUGCAUCCUUAGUUACCUGCCAUGGUUUGAAGUAUAUUACAAGCUUCUAAAUACUCUGGCAGAUUACUUGGCUAAGGAACUGGAGAAUGAUUUGAAUGAAACUCUCAAAUCACUCUAUAACCACCAAGUACCAAAACCAAACACUCCUGUCAAUUUGAGUGUGAACCAAGAGAUAUUUAUUGCCAGUGAGCAAUUUCUGAAAGAUCGGCCCUCUCUAGUACCGCAUUCCUACUUCAUUGCCCCGGAUGUAACUGGACUCCCAACAAUACCCGAGAGUAGAAAUCUUACAGAAUAUUUUGUUGCUGUGGAUGUGAACAACAUGCUGCAACUGUACGCCAGUAUGCUGCACGAAAGGCGCAUCAUUAUUACCUCUAGCAAAUUAAGCACUUUAACUGCCUGUCUCCAUGGAUCAGCUGCUCUGCUCUACCCAAUGCACUGGCAGCACAUAUACAUCCCAGUGCUUCCCCCACACCUGCUGGACUACUGCUGUGCCCCAAUGCCAUACCUGAUUGGAAUACACUCCAGCCUCAUAGAGAGAGUGAAAAACAAGUCAUUGGAAGAUGUGGUUAUGUUAAACGUUGACACAAACACUUUAGAAUCACCAUUUAAUGACUUGAGCAACGUACCAAGUGAUGUGGUCUCGGCCUUGAAAAAUAAACUGAAGAAGCAGUCUACAGCUACGGGUGAUGGAGUAGCUAGGGCCUUUCUUAGGGCACAGGCUGCUUUGUUUGGAUCCUACAGAGAUGCACUGAGAUACAAACCUGGUGAGCCCAUCACUUUCUGUGAGGGGAGUUUUGUAAAGCACCGCUCAAGUGUGAUGAAACAGUUUUUGGAAACGGCAGUUAACCUCCAGCUUUUUAAACAGUUUAUUGAUGGUCGAUUGGCAAAACUAAAUGCAGGAAGGGGUUUCUCUGACGUGUUUGAAGAAGAGAUCACCUCAGGUGGCUUUGGUGGAGGGAACCCAAGGUCAUAUCAGCAAUGGGUGCACACAGUCAAGAAAGGAGGUGCACUAUUCAACACAGCAGUGACCAAAGCAACUCCUGCUGUACGGACAGCAUAUAAAUUUGCAAAAAACCAUGCAAAGCUGGGACUAAAGGAAGUCAAGAGUAAGCUAAGACACAAGGAAAGUGAAGAAGAUUAUGGGACUUGUUCUGGUUCUGUACAAUAUACACCAGUUUACACAUUACAGGAUCAAAAGGGAGGAAACCUGGAGAAGCGUAAGCUUGCCCAGGCACAAUUAAAAAGACCUCUUAAAAGCCUCGACAGUGCUCUGUAUGAUGACGAUGAUGACGACAUUGAAAGAGCAAGCAGGUUAUCUUCUGAAGAUGGCGAAGAAGCUUCUGCAUAUUUUUAUGAAAGUGAUGACUCUGUUGAAACAAGAGUAAAGACUCCCUACUCAGGUGAAAUGGACUUACUAGGAGAGAUCCUUGAUACACUGAGCACACACAGCUCAGAUCAAGGGAAGCUGGCAGCUGCAAAGAGCUUGGAUUUCUUCAGAUCAAUGGAUGAUAUUGAUUACAAACCUGCGAAUAAAUCCAAUGCACCUAGUGAGAAUAACCUGGCCGUCCUUUGCGGGGGUUCUGGAGAUCGAGCAGAGUGUAAUGUCGGGCAGGAUGAUAGUGCCCUGCACGGCACACGCCUCCCUCCCGCUCCCAGGAAGCGGGUUUCCUCGAGUGGUUUGACAGAUUCACUAUUUAUCCUGAAGGAGGAAAACAGUGAAAGACACCUCGGUGCUGACAGUGCAAGUGGCCCUACUGCGGUGGAAAAGCCAGCUUUUACUUCUGGGCUGGAUUUCCAACUAGCUGCCCCUGAAGUUUCCCCAACUGAUGAAGGAAAAACAGAAAAGAAAGAAACACUAGGCCAGAGUUCAGAUGAUCUGCUUAGACACAGCCUUGGGCGGCAUCCAUCUACUUUUGUUCCUUGGGAAAAAGAAGGGAAAGAAGCCAAAGAGAUGUCCGAAGGUAGUGGACUGCUCCAUGAAGUAGUGUCACUAUGUCACAUGACAUCUGACUUCCAACCAGGCUUAAACAUUUCAGAAGAAAACACAAGUGGAAAUCAUGCUCAAAUCCACAACUAAGGGUCAGUCACUUGCAUCCAGAUUUCCAUGGAGACAUUUUGGGAUUCCAUGUAAUCUGUAUAGUUAACAGUUGUUUGUAGGAAUGACAACUCUUACUACUAUUUAAUUUUUCUUUU